AUGGUAGUUGAUAGUGAAAUAACAAAGGUAUUUGAACAAUUUUCAUUUGGAAGUCAUUUUAUUAAGAAAGAGAAUAUUAAAUCAGCACUAAUGUGUUUAGGUUUAAUCAUAAAUGAUCAAAUCGAAAUAGAAGAAGAAAAUCUUGAUAUAAACAGAUUUAGAGAGGUUAUUAAGAGAAUGCCAAAGAAUAAUCAAUGUUUUUCAAGAAAGGAAGUUGAAGAGGCAUUUGCUAGACUUGAUACCAAAGAUACAAAGUAUAUUAAAGCAUCAGAAUUAAAGAUUGUGUUAAGUAAUGGACAAGACAAAUUAUCAGAAGAAGAAAUCACAACUUUUUUUAAAGAAUAUCCACCAGAUGCUCAUGGUCUCAUCUGUUAUGAAGUAAUCUUAGAUUCUUUAUUUCCAAACGAGUAA